UCUCGAGGCUAAGAUGAGCUGAACAAUGUCCGAGAUCUUACAAAAAAAUGGAAACUUAAAAAGAAAUAAAAAGAAAUAGAAAGAAAGAAAGAAGAAACCUACGGUUGUUCUGUUCCUUUCAAUUUCACCAAGCUUUAAUCUUUGCCUUCAAUUCUAUUUUCAACCAAACCUAACUCGUUAGCCCCCCUCCCUAUCUAUUUUAAUUACAAAGAAAAAAAAAAAAAGAAAUUUCGUUUGUUAAUCUAAAGAUCUAAUAAUCUUUAGAUGUGUCUGAAACCUUCGAUCGAAGAAGACAGAUGCUAGGAGCGAUCCACUUCGGAGUAUUAGCAGCGUGUUUCGUCCUCUUCGUCCCCAUGGCCAUGGCAGGCUGGCACCUCAGCAGGCACAAGAUGCUCUUCUUCAGCGGCGCUCUCUUCAUCUCCCUCGCCGUCUGCGUCCACCUCACCCCUUACUUCCCUUCCGUCUCCGACAUCGUCGCCUCCGUCUCCUCCGUCGUCGUCUACGAUCACCGCGUCUCGUGCAUCAACGAGGUGAACCAGAUCGUCUGGGACGUUAGGCCUCGACCUAGGAACAACAACGGUUCUUCGAAGCUCGAUUACUUCGAGAAGAAUUGGGAUUGGGUGAGAUCGAGGAAAGUUCAGAGCUGCGAGUUUCAGAAGUUGGAUAAGUUGGAUGUCUCCGAGCUGUUGAACGGAUCUUGGAUCGUUGUCGCUGGUGAUUCCCAGGCGAGGUUCGUGGCGUUGUCGUUAUUGGGCCUGGUGUUGGGCUCGGGGUCCGAAGCUAUGGGCUCGGUUAGAGAGGAGCUUUUCAAGAGGCAUAGCGAUUAUAGUAUUGUGGUUAAGGAGAUUGGGAUGAAGGUUGACUUCGUGUGGGCGCCUUACGAGAAGGAUCUUGACGAUCUCGUCGUGUCUUACAAGAAGAAGAACAAGUUUCCAGACGUUGUGAUCAUGGGGAGUGGGUUAUGGCAUAUGCUUCACGUCAACAACGCGUCAGAUUUUGGUUUCCAGCUGAAGGAGCUGAGGAGUCAUGUUGAGUUGUUAGUCCCCGUGAGGACCAAGGGGGAAGAAGGAGGAGGAGGAUCGGUUUCGGGGAGGUCUAUGCAUAUGUUUUGGAUAGGGAUGCCGGUUUUGAUCAACGGGAUGUUGAAUACUGAUGAGAAGAAGGAGAGGAUGAGUGAUACGGUGUGGCAUGAGUACGAUAGGUCGUUAGGGGAGAGUAAGAUCUUGCGUCAGAUGGGCGGGCCGCUUGUUUUGCUUGAUGUUCAGUCUUUUACUUGGAACUGUGGACCGCAGUGUACGCUUGAUGGGAUGCAUUAUGACUCUGCGGUGUAUGAUGCUGCUGUUCAUGUCAUGCUCAACGCGUUGCUUAUCGAAUCUAAUCAAACUUUGUGAGAGAUUGAUUACAGGUUUUUUUUUUUCAUUUCUUUUUAAUGUUUGAGAGUUUUAUUUGUAGAGUUUUAAAGAGAAAUGGGAUGUUCAUAGGAGUUUUUUUUUUUACGACACGGUGAUCCUUUUGGUCUAAAUGAUCUAAGUGAACUUACAUUCUUGGUUAUUGAUUAUAAAUCUUUCGACUUUGAAGUUAUAUUAUGCA